AUGAACUCCUUACAAAUCUUCCUUAAAGACGAACCACUCGACCAAAUUACUAUCUCUAGGUUAUUACAUAAGUUAUGGAGCGAUUAUGGGAUGCAAACAGAGGAAAUAGACCGAGAGUGUCUCAUAAAGGUUUUAGAAGAUGCUACAGCGAAAAGUAAUGAUGAAGAGCGUAAACACCAUCUUGAAUCAUUACAGGAUAUAAAUAAGGAGCUUAAAGCGCUGAUGUUAGAUACUGACUUAUUUCAGUCUAAAUCUUGUAAAUUUGAUUGGAAAUCUAGAGCUGUACGAAAUAUAAGCAGUUUAAAGGAUGUUAUAAAAAAUCAAAAAGAUGCAUCCCAAGCGCAUGAACAACUUCAUAAGAAAAUAGGUGAAGUAGAUGUUAGCAAUUUGUUGCAUGAUGACCCAUUGGUUAAUGGUGAACAUCAAAGUUUUCUUGUUGGAGAAAAGGUCUCUAUAAAAAGACUAAGUAGAGAUGCUUCAAUAAGAAGGGUAUGUAGCGAAUUUACUGCAAAUAGAGAUAAAAUCCGCCAACUCUAUAGGUUCAUAGUGAUGCCCUCUGAAGUAGUAUCUCAUAAUCAAUGGGUUGAGCAAGAGCACGAUAGAGAGCAAGUUGUAAGAGGUAUUGCAGAUAUUCUUUUGCAAAAGAUAAAAAUGAACAUACUUCGUAAAGUUACAGAAGGGUCAGAAGGCACUCUUGUGGAAGCUGUAUUUCAUUUAAUUGAGGCAACGUUGUACCGGCUACCAAUUGAAUAUGAUGUGGAGGUGACAAGAAGCGAAAAACAGAGUAUUGCUAGCAAAAAUUACAAAGCCCAAGAAAAUAUCGGUUCAAGAGGUGAGAAGCCUGAUCUAAUGGUACGAGCAUUUUUUAGGCAGAAAUAUAAUGAACUGGUAUAUAUUGAGAGUGGGAAAUGGAAAUCUGAUGAUGAAAAAAUUCACUAUGAUCAUAAUAAGUUGGCAAGACUUUGUUUAUAUGGUUACAAAGAGAUAUCAAAAAAAACUAUAAAAGAUCAGUUGCAAAAAAUCUAUAUCUCAUUCGGUAUAAAUAUUGCAGGUGAUCGUUUAGUACUUCAUGGUUUACUUUAUGAGAAGGGUGUAAAAUAUUAUCUUCUUGUCGCUUCAGUGAAAAUUCCAUUCCGUGAUGAAUCAGUUGAAGAGGUAGAAGAAUUUGUCUAUACACUAAUGACAUUAUGG